CAGGAAGACAAUCGCGCCAUUUAUGAAUUAAUGGUGAACAUUCUCACGUGAACUAUGAGCACAACAGAUGAGCUGUUUGAAUACCUGGAUCUGUGUCGUUUUUCAUUUUGAAUGGAACCUACUGCAUCUGUGAAUAGUUCAAAAAGCACGUCCAGUUUGCCAACACUAUCUUGUGCGAUUCCGGAAAGCUCUUCAUCUUCAGAGACUUCAUCCGACAGUGAAUCUGAAAUAAUAAUUGAAACACCUGUCAUCCAAAAGCCUAAAGGCCCAGUUUUUUCAGUCCCACCUAAUUACGUUUUAAAAUCAGUAGUAGACUUGACACCAAACAUCAAAGUCUCAGCACUUGGGAAGAUAUCUCAUGUUUUCGACAAUUGUGUUAUCGUUCGCUCCCUUAGCUCAUCAGUUGCUCUAGAUGAGCGCUCUGUACUAUUCUUGGAAGAUGGCAGACAUUUAGGAGAGGUUUACGAAAUAUUUGGUCCAGUACGUACUCCAUUUUAUCUUGUGAUUCUUUCCAAAUCAUUUUCUGUACCUGAUCCAAAGUUGAGUGAACAAAUCACGUGCUCCGAUUGUUUCACACUUACAAAAUCAGCUGGGUCUUCUGAAGAUGUUAUAAAGGAAGACGAAGAAGUAGAAUCUACUCAGACACAAGUCGAGAUAAUGAGUGUUACUCAUACAACUGAUUUAGAUGUACUUCAUAGUGAAAUUGACAAAGAUGUAAAUGAGAGUGAAGGUUGUCAGACUACUUCAUCUUCAGUCAACGAUGUAGCUGGUCAUUAUGAAGAAAAGAAAAAGGCUAAUCAAUCUUUGAAAGAAGUAUUCGUGUUCUAUGCACCUGAUAUGCCUGAACUUACUAUCCCCGUUUUUUAUAACCAACUAAUUGCCAAUAAUAAUAAAGGAUCAGAUGCAUCUUGGGUAGGCGAUAUGGAACCUCCUCCAGAAGCUCUAGAUUUUUCUGAUGAUGAACAAGAGAAACUACAUAAACGGAAGUUCAAAAAAAAACGUAAAGUGCCAACGCCAGGCCCAAAAAAUCCAGUUCAAAAACCUUCAAACCAAUCAAAUAAACCGGAUAGUCUACGUGGUAAAUCCUUAUUCGGACCUAUGAAACGUCAAGCAUCAUCCCUGGGUCCUCAACGCGUGUAUCAAUCGCAUGAAUUUCCAUCCCAUCACCAGCAAAGUCAACAGCACCAUAACUUCAGACCAUAUAUGCAGCCACAGUCAUCAAGCCAGUGGAAUAUAUAUCAUAAUAUGCAACCUCAGUGGCAGAUUCCAAUGUAUGGCACAAGUGCCUGGCCAUCCGUUCCAAUGUACCCGUCUACAGUACAAAAUCCGUACCCUUACAUACCUCCUCAGCAAUACCCAUAUCCGUAUAAUAUGCCUGUAGAAACACACCAGAAUAACCCGUGGUCCCCUCACGCGCCUUCAUAAUGACGUAACUUAUUAUCUAGAUUCAUGUAUAUACAAAAAUAUAUUUAUCACGACCAA